UUGGCAUUUUUUUUUCUUUUGCAGGAUGGUAGGGGAAGACUCAUCCCUGAUUGGCUCACCCUGACAUUCUUACCCUAACCAUAACCAAUCCCAUUCCUCUUGCCUAAAGAUAACCCACCUCUUGCCUAAACCUAACCAACCCAACCAGAGCAGGCAACGAGUACUAGCCAUUCGGGGAUGAGUUCCCUAAUGAAUAUUCAUGUCUCUUCCCCUACCAUCCUGCAAAAACCACCGAAGAAGGAAGCAGACAGACGGGAGUUCUCUCGCAGCGCUUAAACACUCUUUGGCUACAGACAGAGCAGCUGUCAAUGCACAACGCUGGCUGAGCGUUACGACCAAGCAAGAGGCUUUGUGGGACGACAAAAGCUUCCAAAUGCUGUUCAGCGACGAUUUCUGUAGUUUAUCACAUUGUCGUGUCAGCUCUCAAAACGUUCAGAUCUAGUUUAUGAGCAACGAUCCGACAGAGAGUGACUUUCCGCGAGUGUUUUUAUUUAUUUACCUCCAAAGCUGACGGCGGAGUGCUGGCUGCUGUGCACUGUCCAUCCGACAGAACUAGUCCAGACAUGAGUAAUGUUAAUCUGAUUUUUUGGGACCAGUUGCUGGCUGGCAGCUCCGAUGUGGAUUGGUGUGAAGGCAAUUACCUAAUUUACCCCAGCAUCGCAGAAUUUUACAACACGAUCAGCAACAUUUUGUUUUUUGUUCUGCCGCCCAUAUUAAUGUGCUUGUUCCGCCAAUAUGCAACACAUUUCAACAGUGGGAUUUACCUCAUAUGGAGUCUACUCGUUGUGGUUGGUAUUGGAUCAACAUAUUUUCACGCCACCCUCAGCUUCCUCGGCCAGAUGCUGGAUGAGUUGGCCAUCUUAUGGGUGCUUAUGUGUGCCAUUGCCAUGUGGUUUCCUAAGAGAUACCUACCCAGGAUGUUCAGGAGGGAUCGGUCAAGGUUUAAAGUGGUCAUUGGCAUCUUGUCAGGGAUCACCACUGGGCUGGCCUUCGUUAAACCUGUCGUCAACUCGUUGUCACUUAUGACUCUGGGCAUCCCCUGCACCGCGCUGCUAAUUACUGAGCUUAAAAGGUGUGAAAACCCACGUGUGUUCAAGUUGGGUCUGGUCUCAGGGAUCUGGUGGGCAUUGGCUCUGCUUUGCUGGGUCAGUGACAGGAUAUUCUGUGAGAUGUGGUCAUCUGUCAACUUUCCCUACUUACACUGUGCUUGGCACAUCCUCAUUUGUCUGGCUUCCUACUUGGGUUGCGUUUGCUUCGCCUACUUUGAUGUUGCGACUGAGGCCCCGGAGCGAGGACCUGUCAUCAUGUUCUGGCCCAAUGAGAAAUGGGCCUUUAUCGGCGUGCCCUAUGUUUCCUUCCUCUGGGUCCACAAAAAGUCUGCUAUCAAGGUGACUUAAGGUGACCCAACUCGUCUGGCCAUACUUUAACACAUCUCACCAGGAUGCAUCUACACAACAUGGUAACUUUGUGGCCACUUGUGCUCUUGUGACCGGGUGAUGGAGGUGAUGCACAUUGGGGCUAACUGUGAGGAUUUAUCUUUUCCUUUUUUUUAUCCCAGUCUGGUUUCAUUACACAGCAGUAUUUAUGCAACUCUGUCAAAGAACAAAAAGUGUCACAAAUUAGUCUAACGUGGCAAUGAAAGGGUUACUUUUAUAACGACACAGCAUCAAAGCCAAAAAACAUUUACAGUGUUCCAAACAUAUUCUCAGGCUAUACAUAUAAGAUCAUGUAAGGUAGGAAUAUGGAUUUCAGCCUUCUUUAAAAAGAAGAUUUACGUUUUAACUCAUAAAACCUCAAUAUAAAGCAUUUUAUUGUCUUUAUAAACCCAAGUAAAGCAUCUCAUAGGUGCAGUCUGGCCAUUAUGAAAGCAUGUAGAAAUAUUAAAUCACUGGAUUCAGUAACUGAUUAAUGCAUAAUGCAUUCAUUGCUUGGCCAAUAUUUCUAUGCCCAAUGAAUCACCAAGCUGAUCCAUAAGAUGUUACAGAAGUGUUUUUAACUAUUUUACACAAUGCCUUAUGUGUUUUAAAUACAUAACGGGUUCAGGCUCAUAAAUCUGCCCUCUUUGUGAACAUACGUUUUUGUUUAAAGCGCCAGAAACACAAUAGGCUUUUUUCUGUUAUGUGUGUGCUAUGUUUUGCUUCCAACAUGCCAUUGUGAUUGUCUAAUAUAAUAUAUGAGAAAUGUGUUCCAAGUUAUCCUGUAUAUUUUUUAAACUAACAAUGUAACAUGUAGUUAUUUUCCAAGGUGUUACUGAAUGAAUAGUUACCCUUUUGAUAUUGGCCAAAACCCAAAGUAAAAAGAAAAAAGAAAAAAAAUGAAUGUGAAAUCAAAAUGUAUUGAAAUAUGAUUGACUAAUCAAGGACAUGAUUAUGUAUUUUGGCUAAAUGCACACACUGCAGUUAUAAUUACAGUUAUGUAUUUAAAACUUAGCCAAUAUACAGCUUUGAAUGCUGACGUUUUCACAGCUGAUCUUUUUUCAACCGCAAGUCUCCACUCUUAAACUUCUCUUCAGGGUUAUUUAUUCCAUGUUCAGUAUUUUAGACAUUGUGUUAAAAAUUAAUAAAACUAUGUAAAGUGUGCAAAAAGCCUUAAACAGGAAAAUGGACUACAAAAGCAAAUGAAGGUACAUUGUUUCCUUGUGUGAUGUAGCCAAUCUGUUUGCUCUAAAAAGGGAAAUACAGUGUUAUAAUUGUGUUAAAUAGCAAAUGGAAUUGAGGUUUAGGUUAUAACAAGUAUAAGUUGUGGGACAGAUGAUGUUAUUAUAACUAAAACCUAGUCUAACUUGUUAUAGUAAUGUGUUCAUUUGACAGAAAUGAAUAGAAAGUAUGUAUGUAGAAUAUAUAAGGGAAAUAUGUUGUGUG